UCGAUACGCUGAUGCAGGUGAAGAAUAUUGAGGAGUUCGUCGAGACGUUCUUGGCGUAUAAUAAGCGUCAUUUGGAUGUGGGGAAGGGAAAAAGGGGUGAGGCGUAGAGAACGGACCGAUUGAUCCAGAACUCGUAUUUGGUUGAUUAUAUUCUGCAUAAUAUGAGUAUUCUGCAGGCAGAUGAGAGUGUGAAUAAGCGAGAGAGCAGUCUAGCAACGGAUGGAGAGACGGAGUUGGGUUCCGAGGCCAAGCGCGUGAACGUGGCUACUAAGUCGUUUUAAUGAAUCAU